AUGACUGGAAAAGUCGUGUUAAUCACAUCGCUGCAGACGCAGAUCUUGUCUCAGGAGUCAGACGUACAGAUGCAGGAGAAGGAAGUGAGCAGAACGAAGACGGACCUGUACUGUCUGGAACAAGAGGAGCAGCGUUUGGAGGAGAAAAGUGACGUUUGGGCUGUGAACUUGUUCCCUCAGACGCGCAGUGAGCUCAGUGAGAUACAGGAUGCCCAGCGAGAGCUCAAUAAGACCAUCGAACGCUUCAGCAAAACUCUGAACGACAGCGUGAUCAGCCUGGCCGACCUGGACCAGCUCAUCGCUGAGGAGAGCUCCAGCGCUGGCACCAAGGAGGAUUCAUUGGUUAAGUCCAGGAUGGCCAUGUUUAACAGUAUUAGCUCUCAAGGCCUGAAUGCAGACCCCUUCCAGAGCGAAGACCCCUUCAAAAGUGACCCCUUCAAUAAAGCUGACCCGUUUGGAGGAGAUCCGUUCCAGCAGAGCGACCCGUUCAAAGACCCCUUCGCUAAUUCUGAUCCCUUUGGUCAGAGUUCCUCAAGUCAGUUCAAGGCCAGUCCCUUCAGCAGAAAAAUCAGCCAGACAUCGAUGAGUCCCAAACCUAAAGACUCAGACCCGUUUGCUGCGUCAGACCCAUUCGGUAGCGACUCUUUUGGAGGGAAAGGUGGUUUCGCUGAUUUCUCUCAAUUGUCAAAGAGCUCGAGCUCAGAGCCUCAGAGCCGAAAGCCGACGUACCCGCUGCCUCCUCCCAAAAAACCCGGACCGCAGAGACCAGUACCGCCUCCUUACGGGAAGAAUUCCGCCGUCACGUAUAGCGGUUCAGGGGUUCAUAGUCAAGGGUUUGGUGCUCCAGCCGUUCGAAAGACACAAACGGACAGAGGACCCGGCUGCUCGUCCUCAACGUUACCAUCUGCUGUUAACCCGUCCUGUAGAGCUUUCGGAAGUGAGACGGAGCAGCUGGAGUGGGCCAAACGCGAGAGCCAGAGAGAGGAGGUGGAGCGAAUCCGGAGGCUCCGCCUACAGGAACAACUGGACCUGGAACUGGCUCUGGCUCUCAGUCGAGCUGAAAUGCCCAGAACAUGAAGCUGCUACGUUUUGGAUUCAAUCCUUCAACUUUCAGAUGAAGCUUUUGCCCCAAUCACACGCUCUUCCUGAAGAUCUCUCUCAGGUUUGCUGUAGUGAUCACUGAACCAAUGAAGUACAACAAAACCAAAGGCCAUAGUUACAGAUCCACUUGACACAUUUGCUCAUGAACUGCACAAAAUGCUAAACCACUGAAUUAUACUUUAUAAAGAUUAUAUACAGCUUCACCAAAUACUGUAGGACCAGUCAGUCUUAAGUCAAUUAUUGAUGCACAGAAGUAUAUAAGAAAUAUCAACCUCUAUCUGCAGCCAAUGUCGGUUUUGCAAAGCAGAUUCAACCCCAAGUGCUUCAUAUUUAAGUGUCUUUAGGACUUUUGACUAUGAUCAAAUUCAUCCAAGUCUUAACCAGACGUUUGGUUUAAUAAGAGGGAUGAAUUACUAAAAGCAUGACAUUUAGUCGCCGUCAGUCCACUAUAUGAUCAUAUAUGAUGUCUGUAUUUACAUAUAAACCUGCAUAAUCAAUGCAUUCCCAAAUCUCAUUUGCCCUCCAGAUACUGUUGAAUAUUAUGAGUUUUAUUAGAUGCAUGAAGAUCAAAUGAAGCAUAUUCUUUAUUCUUGAAGGAACCUGUUUUUAUUUGUGUUUGGCACUGUUGAGAGUGAGAUGAUGUGAGCUGUAUUUUUUGUGUUUAACCCUUUAAAGCUUGAUCAGAUCCUCUAGAUGACACCGGAUCACACAAAC